ACCACCUGACGUCACCACAACAACACUUGGCCUUCUCUGCGUCUCCUCCCUCCGCCUCACGUAGUGCAAUGGCGUGACAACAGACCCACUAACGCUCAUGCACACGUGGAAUUGCCCAAAUCUACAUUAAUGGCACACUUUGGUGACCUGGUGUACGCUGACAAAGUGACACGAACUCCGAGAUGAGGGGUGAUGCAAGAAUGGCAUGGGUGGUGAUGGUGGUGAUGGUGUGGUCUUCGAUCACCACAGCCGUGCAUCACAAGAGUGCUGAUAUUAAGGAUAAGAUCACUUCAACUGAGCUCCUGGCUGAGAGUGAGGAAGGUACCCUGCUUGUGUCCACCCUGGAUGGUGCACUCCAUGCCAUAUCCAAAUCAUCGGGAAAAAUCAAGUGGACUCUCAAGGAUGAUCCCAUAAUUCUUAAUCCAACAGACUCUUCACAGCCCCCAUUGCCUCAGUUCUUUCCCAACCCCCAAGAUGGCUCCCUGUACCGCUACACUCUGGGCCGUGGCCGUGACCCUCUCAAGAAGCUGCCCUUCACCAUUCCGCAGCUGGUGGCCAAUUCUCCCUGCCGCUCCAGUGACGGCAUAUUCUACCUGGGCAAGAAGAUUGACUCUUGGGUUGGCAUUGACUCCUUGACGGGGGAGAAGCAGCUGGUUCUGGGUGUGGAUGUUGUAGACCGGAAGUGUCCCAAACCUUCCCGAAACACUGUUUACUUUGGCCGUACUCUCUACAACAUCAUCCUCUAUGAAGCAUCCACUGGCAAUAAGUGGAACAUUAGCUUCUCUGAAUAUGCCACCAGCACUUCUUCAUCAGCUGUGGAAAAUUAUGACUUAGUGCAUUACACCUCAACGGGGGAAGGCUCAAUUCUGACAGUGGACCAACACACUGGGUCCCUGCUGUGGACUCUUGAGAUGGACUCCCCCUUGGUGGCUAUGUACUUCUUGGGCCCAGAUGGUUCAUUACUAACUGUCCCCAUAACCACCGUGGCGCCACAAACCCUGGCACAUUUUAUUCGGGAAUUUAUGCACCUCACUCAACACAGCAGUGACGGCUCUGAAGGUCUGCUUAUAAAAAAACUAAGCUCUCCCCACAGCCCCACCAUCUACAUUGGAGAAUGCAGCUCUGGCGUUUAUGCUGUGCCGGCAUUGGUGGAUGUCAAUACUGCCACCAUCUCCUACAGAGGAUCACAGCUGCUGCUUGGAGGACCCCCAAGCACACAGGGCACACUCAAACCUCACCAGUCCAAGCAUGCCAGUGAUGCAGAAGAGGAGAAUAAUUCUGAAGUUCUUUUGCUGGGUUACUAUGACAUACCAGAAAAUGCACAGACUGAGCUGUUCAAGACAACGCAUGAUGACUUGCCUAAAGUGAAUGAUGAAGUGAUCCGCCUGGGCAUCACUCAUGAGAAGAAUGACUCAGAAACUUCAGCUAGGAAUAGAAAGACCUUUGCUGCUCACCACGAGGACCUUGUGGCUGUUGCCUGGGGUGGAAUGGAACAAGUGAAGGAGAUGAACAUAAGUUUUGUGACGUCCGGAGAAGUGCUUGUGUGGCUGGGAACAAUUGGACACCUGGUGUACCUUUGGGUAUUGACAGACUAUGUGAACCUGCUCAUGAUCAUUCUUACCUGUGGAUUUGUGGCAAUUGUCAUCGUACUGUAUAAGCAGGCACAAGAGUAUGCCCGCCUGAGCCAGGAGAUGUCCUCACGGCGGCAGGGCUCCCAGGGCUCCACAGGUGUAGGGUCACAAAGCAGCAUCACAGCAGUGGCAGAAGAGUUAGACGAUGGCACCAUCAGUGUGGGGAAGAUAAUUUUUAAUCCACAGGAACUUCUUGGAAAAGGUUGUGAUGGCACCUUUGUUUUCAGAGGGACCUUUGAUGGACGGGCAGUGGCAGUGAAGAGAGUGCUGCCAGACUGCUUCUCCAUAGCUAACCGAGAAGUGGACCUGUUGAGAGAGAGUGACCAGCAUCCCAGUGUCAUCAGAUAUUUCUGUACAGAGCAGUGCCGCCAAUUUCGUUACAUUGCUUUGGAGUUGUGUGGUGCAACUUUGGAAGACUUCAUUCAGGGAAAAUUCAAGGCAGAUAUCAGCAUUAAGAGUAUCCUUCACCAGGCCACCUCAGGUCUCCACCACCUUCAUCAGCUGGAUAUUGUUCACCGUGACAUCAAGCCUCACAACGUACUCCUCUCACUGCCUGACAGUCGGAGUCAGGUCAGGGCAAUGCUGUCUGACUUUGGCUUGUGCAAGAGACUGGAGACAGGUCACAUGUCUUUCUCUAAGAGGUCUGGGGUAACGGGCACAGAAGGAUGGAUUGCUCCAGAAAUGAUGCUCAACACCUCCCGACCAACCUUCAAGGUAGACAUUUUUUCGCUUGGAUGCGUGUAUUACUACAUGCUGACCCGAGGAAAGCAUCCCUUUGGCUCGGUCUUGGAUCGCCAGUCAAAUAUCAUAUCAGGAAAGUUUAAGCUGGAUGAUUUAGACAGUGAGAAAGAUGUGAACUCCACCACCCUGAUUGAAAGGAUGAUGAGCAGCAAGCCCUCAGAGCGGCCGCCAACAUCUGCCAUACUCAAGCACCCUUUCUUUUGGAAUCCCGAGAAAGUACUUACCUUCUUCCAGGAUGUUAGUGAUCGCACUGAGAAGGAGAGUGGAGACUCCUUGGUUGUGAUGAAUCUGGAGUGGGGAGGAUCGGAGGUGGUGUGUGGAGACUGGAAGCUCCACAUGCAUCCUGUCAUUGCCGAGGACCUGCGCAAGUUCCGGGAUUAUAAGGGGCGCUCCGUAAGGGAUCUCCUGCGGGCACUAAGAAACAAGAGGAAUCACUACCGGGAGUUGAAGGAGGAAGCCCGGAUGGUGUUUGGUCACAUUCCAGAUGGGUACGUGGACUACUGGACCUCAAGAUUUCCCCGGUUACUCCUCCACUCUUGGUAUGCUGUUCAGUGCAUCAAGACAGAGAUCAUCUUCCACAAAUACUAUGAUGAGACCUUCAACUUUGGUCCGGUGGAUGGAAAAGAGUCAGAUCAAGCUGAAGAAUCAGCUGCAAAUGAAUUUUCUUUUGAAAAUCAUGCAUUUGUUCCAAACAUCCCUCCCUGGAACUUGAGUGGCAACAGCUGGCCAAGCCCCAGCUCCCAGGAUGCUCCCUUCCAGCGAGGGACAGGCACAAACAAAACUCAAAAGGAAAAACAGGAAGAAGUAACUCCUGUCUGGAUUAUUCGCAAGCCGUCCAAUACAUUUGAGCCCAAAUAUCGAAUACCAAAACUAAGAAAUCUGAAUGCUCCUUGGAGAAGACAAGCAGCAGAACCAAGUACAAAGCAGGUUAGUGAAAUUGCAUUUGACAGUACUUCUACUCAGGUGCAAGAAAAUCCAGUUCUAGGAAAUGAAUCUAAAAUUAUAAAUACUCUAAGAAUUGAAGAGCUGUCACAUGUCAGUGGGACAUCAGAAUCAUCAGAAGCUUCCUGUGAGGCUGAGAAUGUGAAUCAGGAGUACUCAGAAGCAUGUGAUGAUUCUCAGACCUGUGAACAUGGAAUAAAAGGUGCUGAACCCAGUGAAAACUGUGAGGCUGAGGGUAAGGAAGGCCCAGAAAGCUCACAGGAGCUGUGUGAGAACAAAAGUGGUGUUUCCCAGGUGCAUCUGGGGAUAUCACCAAUGACACAAGAAAAGUUAUGUGAGCCAGAGGAUAAUGCACUUAAGUUUAUUACUGUGUCGGGAAAGAAAAAAAAAUCUAAGAAAAUUUCUAAUGAGAAAAAAAUGAACAGUAAAUAGUUAAUUCUCUCAAGAUUUAUUGUAUAAUUGAGAAAUGCACACAUUUUAGGGGAAUUUAUGAUUGCUAUUUCUUUUAUUUAUAGAAUUAAAAAUUGAUGCCUUUAUUUGAAUUAGUAUGUAGUUUAAUUUUA